UUGAUAUUUCUGCUUGAUUUGGUGUUGUAUUGGAAAGAUUUGAGUGAAGAUGUCCUUUGCUCAAAAUGCGAGAAUGUUCAAAUUUCCAGGAUGGGUAGAAGAGGUGAAAAAGGUCAAUGAAGUCAAAUUAGGAACCAAAUUGCUGGGAAAUUAUCGCGUCACGAAAAUGGCAGAAGUCUUGACCGACGUGUACGACAUUUUGUUUCCCAGUCCACCACCUCUGAAAGAAAUCGCUGCAAUCUCAAUCGCUUUCGGAUUAUGGCGCCAAGAAAUUAACUCGCAUCGUAUUAAGAACAUUUUGAAUCAGCUCAAUCUGGAACAAGAUAUUCUUUCGAGUGACUCACUGCCUCGUACACCAGCGACGAUUAUUUCCUUUAUUAAAAUAUACAUCAGAAAGGUCGGACUAUCAAUUAAGCAGUGGCUGGAUAGUCAUGGCGAAUCAAAACGGAAAAUAUUUGGAAGAGAAAUUUUGAACGAUUUCAUUGAUUUUGUGGAAGACUUCGACGGUUCAAUUCAUUAUGUGAAAACAGCCAGACGACUUGUGCUAUGUGAUCGAAUUGACAAAAUUUUGAGAUUUAAAAUUGCUUGUUGGUAUUGCUUUGAAGAUGAUAUUUCACAGAUUUGGCCUUCAGUAUCAAAUGAUGUUAAUCUUACGAAGGUUUCAUCUUCCCCGAUUCCUCUGCCGCACUAUUGGAUAUGCAAAUUGAAAGAUAAACUAUACAGGUUACCUCGCUCAAACAGAGCUAUCCAGCUCGAAGAAGAAAUUUUCCGCAAUAAUUUUCAUGUUCGGUCCUCAAUGGAAUACUUUUGGAAUCAUUUAGAUGUUGCUAGUCGAAUGCGAAUAGCCAAAGCGCCUCCCGUAAAUUUUGUAAAGAUCUUUAGUAGAUAUUUGCUACCAAAAUUUAAUGAGCUAGAGCUUGAUGAAUUUGCCAAAGAACAGGGGUACCGGUUCAUUGCUACAUUGUUGUCAUGUAAGAGUACCUCUAACGACUUUUUCCAAAGCAGAGCGCUCUAUUUCAGAGCAAUGUGGGUACUCGUCCGAAAUAGAAUGAAUGGUGAAAGGAUAUUUCGCCUAAUUAGAAGAAUUGCUCGUAUGCAGUGUGAUUUGAUAAUUCCGAUCGAUACAUCUGUCUACUGCGAGUUGUGGAAUACGAUACCAGAUAAUGUGAAACCUGAAGUAAUUCAAGCUAUAUCGAAAGGAGAUUCACUCUUUAGGUCAGGAUAUUAUUUCGAGUAUACCGAUGUAGUACAUAUCAUUCAUAAUUCAGGUUUACUUGAUUUUUUAUUCACCAUGCUAUCAGAUGCAUCGAUCGACGAAAAAAACCAAUUUUGGAACAACAAUUGGCGCAAAAUGAUGAACGUAAUGGACUCAACACAGCUGAAUAAGUUGUUGGGCUUAUGCUUUGAUAAUGAUGAAAAUAAAAUCGCCGAGUUUAAAACCACCACUUUGUCCGCAUGGGAAAAUAUCAGAGGAAGGUGUUCAAAAUUACUCAACUACCAAAGGUUUGAAGAACUAAACGAUUUUCUGAGUUAUUGCUAUCCCGAUGACCAAGCACGUAAAACUGUAGCAGUGAACUUACUAGUAGAAGAUUUCAAGCUGACCUACGAUAGCUUUAAGAAAAUAUCUCCUCUGUUGAUAGAUUUCAUCAACGAUGCUUACGACGACGUUAAUCUUGCUACAGAUUUCAGAACUCAGUUCCUAUUUUCUCCCUCAUCUGUGGAAACAUUCAGAGCAUUUACUCAUUCAUACAGCUUAGAAAAUUUCCAUCAUAUUAUGUUAGUUAUUGACAUAUUAGCACCAUCAGAGCAGAUUGCGCGCGACUUCAAAAAACUUCACAUAUUUCCUAUGUUUGAGCCAAAAUUGCGUGCUGGCUCUUUAGUAGUGUCUGCUGAAGGUGAAUUUUUGAAUUUUUUGCGCAAGUGUUUGGGAAGUGAUGAAGAAAUAGCACGAUUUAAACAGACUUUGUGUAUGGAUGAAAUUAUUCAAAGAAUGAUUCAAACUGCAAUGGUAUCACAAGGUGGUCCGAAGUUUAAUCCUUUUUUGGAGCAACUUCUAGAUUGGUAUUUCGACACUCCACAGGCGCUCGAAGAGUUCAAAUCUAGAUAUGCUGAUGAUGAUGAGUUUGUGAUGUUGACUACGCGUAAGUAAAUAAGACGUUUAAAAGGUUUUUAUCCUACUAGUAUAAUAAAACACUACUUUAUUCACUCUCGCUAGUCGCUCGAGUGAUCAAAUGCGCGUUUUCUUCACACGUUUGGAUAAAAUCUGUUAUUCAACUAGUCAAAUAAAGUGAUUUUCGGCGAUUUUUAAGUACUUCCCUCGCUUUGCUCGGGAAAUAAACCUCAAAAAUCGUCAAAAAUCACUUUAUUUUACUAGUAGGAUAAAAUACCAUUAUGUAUGUAGGUAGAAUUUGUCAUAAUAAUAUUAUUUCAAUGAACUUUUUAUAAGCUGUAACUACGUAUGCUAAUUGUAAAUUGUUGUGUUUACCUUACCUAAUUCUGUUCUAAUAAUCAAUUAUCAAGCACCUAAUAAAAAGAACUGGGCAUUGAGUUGUUGUUUUGUUAAAGUAGUCAACAGUAAUCUAAAGUUCUAUGAUCUAUAAUAUUGGUUCAUUAUUAUUACUUCACUAAACCAUAAGGUCAUCCCAGCCGAAGACCUUUCAACGAAAUUUGCUCAAAUUUGACAUUUCAGCUUUGUUGGGUGUUGUUGGUUUAAACAGAUUUGAGUGGAUUUGAUCUUGACUCGAAAUUCAUGGUUUUCCAAGGUGAAGAAGGUC